CUCCACCUGCUGCUUGGCGUGCCUCAACUCCAACUUCGCCCAUCGUCUCACUCCUCACGCCUUCCUCCCCUGCAUCCGAGCUCACCGUCGCCACAGAGCUCACUCUCCUCUCCCACACUCUCUUGUGCAACCAGGUUUUUUCAGUUUUCUUUUUUCGUUCUCUUCAUUCUUCUUGUUCUCUGUUCCGUCGCCUCUUGUGAUAAUCACUGGCGUUCUUAUAUUCUGUGAUGAAGUUGGAGACGACAGUGUUCUUUCCAGAAGGAUAUGACUAUGAAUUGAAAGUAAACCAACCUCCCUCAUUGCUGUUGCGUCAACUUAUGUUGCUGAUUUCUGCAUAUAGAUACAGCGAUUAGCGAGAUUGAACGGGAAAGAGAAAUGGAAGCCACUACGACCAUGGAUGUUGAGGCACAACCUUUACUCAAUCUUAACCCUGCUAAACGAUUCAGACUCAAAAACUCCAUCCAAACCAACUUCGGCGAUGACUAUGUAUUUCAAAUUGUCCCAAAGGAUGAUUGGAGUACAAUGGCAGUGUCAUUAUCAACGAACACAGUGAAAUUAUAUUCACCAGUGGCCGGUCACUAUCAUGGAGAGUGCAAGGGUCAUUCUGAUACCAUCAACCAAAUUUUAUUUUCAGGGCUCUUGAAUUCACAUGUUCUAGGCUCUUGUUCUUCGGAUGGAACUAUUAGAAUUUGGGAUACUCGAACAUCACAGCAGGUAUCCUGCAUAUUAGCUGGUUCUUCUCAAGAGGUAUUCAGCUUCUCUGUUGGAGGGCCUGGUGGGAAUUUAAUUGCUGCUGGCUGUAAAUCCCAGAUAAUCUUUUGGGAUUGGAGAAACCACAAACAAAUUGCAUGCUUGGAAGAUUCUCACGUGGAUGAUGUAACUCAGGUUCAUUUUGUCCCCAACCAACAAGGGAAGCUUGUUUCUGCUUCAGUAGAUGGGUUGAUUUGCACAUUUGAUAUUGCUGGAGAUAUCAAUGAUGAUGAUCAUUUGGAAUCAGUGAUUAAUGUGGGAACUUCAAUCUCAAAGGUGGGGUUUAUCGGUGAAAGUUGGAAGCUUUGGUGUUUAACGCAUAUUGAAACCCUGAGUAUCUGGGAUUGGAAAGAUGCUAGAAAUGAAGUAAACUUCACAGAUGCACGUUCUUUAGCUUCUGAAGGUUGGAGUUUGGAUAAUGUUGACUAUUUUGUUGACUGUCACUACUCCAGAGAAGCUCAACAACUUUGGGUGAUUGGUGGCACUAAUGCUGGUGUUUUGGGCUACUUUCCUGUAAGUUAUAAUAACGGGGCAGCAACCGUAGGAUCUGCGGAAGCAAUUCUCCAGGGUGGCCAUACAAGUGUUGUAAGGAGUGUAUUACCCAUGUCAAGAGUUAACGGUGGACCUGGCUGUGACCAAGGCAUUUUUGGAUGGACUGGUGGGGAAGACGGUCGCCUUUGUUGCUGGCUGUCUGAUGAUUCACCUCAGGUGAAUCGAUCAUGGAUUUCAAGCACGUUGAUAAUGAAGUCAGAAAGAACUCGCAAGAAAAAUCGUCAUCAGCCCUACUAGACUUCUAUUGCGGUCUAUUCAUCCAAUCCUGUAUAUUAGUUACAUUUUUAGAAGCAAAAUGUAAUCCACUUUAUAAAUUAUUAAUUGAUAAUAUUGUUUUGUUUCAAGUUAAAAUCCUAAA